GCGGCCCCUUUUAUCGUCCGUCAAAAUACAAAUUAAACAGGAACCUAAAUAAAGGAAGCUAAUGUGACACUUUAAACGUCUUUGCAUAUAUAACAUCCAUAUAUGACUGAAAACAGAAAACCGAAAAACAUUGACAUUAUCACGCUAUUAUCGCUACACAAUCGACAUUUGGAUCGUUCUCCAAAAUGGCAGGUAAAAAACCGUGAACUGAAGAAGCUAGCUCAUUUCCCAAACCUUUUUUUUGCCAGUUAAGUCGCCACGAGCAGCCGAACGUAGCCGAAGAUUUCCGAGCGCCUCCGAGCCCCGUGGGCGCACAAAAGCAGCACCGAGGGAAACCUCGCUCCAGAUGGCCGCUUGGCUGUGUUGUUGUCGGCGUCGGUUCCUCCGCGGUGGUUGAAAAAGGGAGAAAAGGCGACCAGCUGACCAGACCUCACUUUGCCGCGUCCUCAUCUGAUCAAGAGUGAUGAAGAUGAUGAGGGGGUUGGCUUGUAUGUUGCUCGGCAACCUGCUCUGCACGGUCGCAUCAGCGUCGCUGAAAGUCAGAGAAGAACACAGGACAGCCUUUUUCGGCGAAGACAUUCACAUCGACAUCCCGCCCGGCGACGUCGGCGAGGUGGUGUUCAAGCCCAAGACCAACAAGUCCGCCGAGGUGGUUCUUCUUCGCGCCGGCAAAACGGUGGACGCCCGCGGUCGUCUCAAUUCCUUCGGCCACCUGGUACUGGAGGACGUGCAGAAGGAGGACGAGGGCGUGUACGUCGUCAGCAAAAACGCCAACAUGCUCAAACGCCUCGUCCUCAUCGUCAGAGACUGCGCCGUGGAGGAGGUGGUGAAGUACGGAGACACCUACUACAUCCACUUGAACAAGGAGGAAGGUCCAAUCAGCCUCGAGUUCAGACCCAGUCCCGUGCUGCACGGCAAUCAGUCGGACCUGCUGCACCUGCACGCCACGCAGCCGCCGGCCGUGCUCCUGUACCGCCAACCGCUGGUGCUGGCCGACACCUACGCCGGACGUCUGAGCGCGUCUGAAAAAAGUGUGGCGCUGCACUCAGUGGAGAAGACUGACGAGGGAAGUUACACCGUGCGCGACCAUGAGGGCAAAGUCCGGCGGAGGAACUGCCUCCACGUGCGAGAGCACCAGGACUUCCUGCAGCUUUCCAGCGGAGCCGACGUGGCCAUGAAACUCUACCUGCACCACUCCCACGUCAGCGUGGUCUACAGGCCCAAGUCAGGCCACCAGGACCGGCUCAUCCUGGAGCACGGCACUCUGAUGACAUCUCAGGACCCCCAGCUGGGGGGGCGCUUGAACGCGGAGGGCUCGGAGCUGGUCUUGAAGAACGUCCGCAUGUCCGACGAGGGCGUUUUCAAAGUCACGGACUCGGCAGGUUUCCCUGUGGCUUACAUCUACAUAAGUGUGGUCGCCUCCAAGCUCCCGCCGCUGACGGUGGCCAUCUUGGCCCUGCUGAGUCUCAUCGCCUUCAUGCUGCUGGUCUGCCUGCUGUCCUGUUUCUACAAAGUCCACAAGAGGAACGAGAAGAACAAGAAGCUGAUGCUGCUCGCUCAGCAGGCCGGCAAGGGGGAGGGCGAGGCCUUCAGACAUGUGGUUGAAGAGGCGUACACCAGGUUCGCGGAGGAGUCUCUCAUGCAGUCGGCGUGCGACCAACCGUCCGAGGUGACAGAGGUCACCAUCAAGGGCCUGGAGGUGUCCAAACCGGGCUGCUACCAGGCUCUCAACUCAGACGCCACCCUCCUGGAGAUGAGCGACUCCGGAGUGGAGUUCACCUCCUCGGGCCUCCCUUUGGACAGCGACACGGAUGCCGUGACCUGCGCCUCCCACAAGCCCCUCCUCGAUGCUCACUCCCCAGGCGCAGCGGCCACCCAGGAGGCCACCCUAGUCCUCGACGGCGACUUGAGUGCCAGUCCGGCCUCCAACGCUCACUCAUUCGCCGCUGCGUCACCUGUGACGCCUUCGGGGGGCGGAGCCGGAACCGCUGAGACGUCGGCUUUGGUUGAGGGUGGAGAAGCUGAACGGAAGGACGAAGCGGCUGAGAGCACCUGAGAGGUUGUCAGCAUGGACACACACGUCCACCCCCGGAAGAACAAUCAUGGAUCCGGCCGUCAAGAACUUUAAGCACAACAACAGAAGAAGAAACACGUGUGACCACACUGGAAAUGCAUGCCUUUAACAUAAUCACAGGUUGUUUACAUCAGGACUGGACUGCAUGUGAGCCAGAAACACGCCAUUAGAUGAAAAGUUUUCAUAAAGGACGCAGCCAGGCUGGUCCAAACAAGGACAGAGAAGAUUGUUGCUGGCGGCGAUGAGGAGGACAAUGCCACAUCUAGUCAUCAGGUCGUACUAUCAAAAUCCUGCAGGUGAAUGACACCAAAGACUAAAUGAAUAAUCCACAUCAUUAAUCCGCUAAUUGCAGCACUUGGAAACCAUCAGGAAACCCCAUCCAGCCCAGGCUGCAACACACACGAGAAAAGCACAUGCCAAGAAGUAGCAGCUAAUGUACAUAAGCACAACUAUACUUAGUGAUUUUUUUAUGGCAUGUUUCUUAUUCAGAUACACACAAAAAAAUGCACUACUUCAGCUUGGCCAAUAUAAGCAAUAUUCCUGAUAAUAGCAGUGACUGAUUCAUCAAAACAAUCCCCCUAAAACUGUACUUUCCCUCACUGUUAUAAAGGCCUUAUCAGACACCUGAAACACCAGUGCGGUUUUUGGAAAUUUGAAAGGGGUAUGCGAGAGACCUCCGUGGCAUCACACCGGCUGCUUGGCACAUGUGCCCGAAUACAGUACACCUCGCUGGGCCACAGCAGGUGGCUCCCUUUGCUCUAUAUACGGUAUAGUUAGUCAAAUCCUAAUUUGUUCCAGUCCUACUGGAGGACACUCUGACAAAAGAGUAGUAUACUUAGCAUUUUUAUGACACUCUAAUAUGUAGGCCGGAAGUGUGUUGUUGUGUGUGGGUUGGGUCCUUUGACCGUUGCUAAGAGAGACAGACUGCAAUUGGUUAUUAGUAAAGCAUAUGGUGCAUCUGUAUUUUUUAUUAUGGUAUUUUACAUGUCCUUCAUGGGACUGACUUAGGUGUUCAUGUCUGGGAAAGGAGCUCAUUCAUAAACCGAGGACAGGACUUAUGUAGCUUCCAAUGCUAAGCUAAGUGCUAAUUAUGGAAAAUUGUAGUAUGUUUUGCUUGUUGUUAAUAAGUUUUAAAUGCACCAUAGUGUAGGUAGGUAUUAGCAACGCUAGUAAUUAGGGUAGAUUAGUGUUAUUAAAACCGCCUUCCUUUUUACGCCAAUGUUGCAUGGAUGCCAUGCCUCUUUGUGCACCGCUAGAGUAGAGUUUCCUUAAAAUACUAGCACGCGCUUGUUGGCGAGGCAAGAAAAUGUUAAGGCUUCAUGAAACCCGGCAAGGUUUCGGUUCCACGAAAUGUGAAGGAAGGAAAGAAUGAAGAAAGGACCCUGCUAUGAUGAAGCGUAUUGCACUCAAACAGCACAUUUCACACCACAUGAAAUGAGCUUUUACGGUGAAAAAGAACACUUUGUAUGCAUGCCAUGACAAAUGACCUUGAUAAAGGUUUGAUAAUACAGUAUAUACUCUCUGCCUUGAAUGCUUUGCUUGUACAGUACAAACCAAACGCCAGCUGGGAGAAUGAAUCUCGAUACUAAGUACCACCUUUUUGUAAUGCUUCUCUUUUUCUGUAUUGAAGGUGAUGUGUAUGAAUGGUUCACUCCAAUAAAAAUGCAU